UCCUCUUUUUCGCGGAUCCGACGGCUGAGAGAUGUCAGGGAGUUCUUCAAAUUUUAGUAAUGUUUUGGGAGAAGUUUUUGGUUCUUUGGAUCAGUCAGUGAUGUUAAGGGUUUCAUUCAACAACAGGCCGGUUCUUAAUGGAUGUGAUUUUAGGCCUUCCAAUGUUGUUAAUCGUCCUAGAGUUGAAGUAGGAGGAGAGGAUUUGCGUACUUUUUACACACUUAUCAUGGUUGAUCUAGACGCGCCAAACCCUAGCAAUCCAACGUUGAAAGAAUACUUGCACUGGAUGGUCACGGAUAUCCCAGCAACAACUGAUGCAAGCUUUGGAAGUGAGUUGUUGAAAUAUGAGAGCCCUCACCCCAUGACAGGAAUCCACCGCAUAGUCCUAGCGCUCUUAAAACAGCAAAAGAGAGGCACAGUUCUGAAGCCAGACUCGCGUGAAAACUUCGAUACACAAACCUUCGCUCAGGCUAAUAACCUCAAAACUCCGGUGGCCGCCACCGCCUAUUUCAAUUGUCAGCGGGAGGCCGGCUCCGGCGGCCGGAGGUUCCUCUACUAAGCAGCCAUGCUGCCAUCGCAUGACCUUAUAUAUAUAUAUUUACGUUGUCGUCUAAUAUUGCAUGUUACCAUGCAUGAACUUGAUUGUUUGCAUGUUUGUGGUUUGAUGUGGUUGAGGUACUGUAAUUUCAUUAAUGU